AGCGUGGUGAGGAUCAGCAUACAAAAAGAUUAUUCCCAUGGCUUCUGUUAGAUCCAUCUGUGGGGGGUCCUCAAACCUCAAAUUGUCCAAAGCAAGUCUUUCUUACUGUGGAAAACCAAGACCCUCAGUUGCAACCCCCAUAUUUACAGCAAUGCCUAAUGGAUCUAAUGAGAAGGAGCUGAUGCAGAAUCUAAACCAUAGACUGGCCAACUACUUGGAGACGGUUUGUGCUUUGGAAAAAUCAAAUGAGCAUCUAGAGAAACAGAUACGGGAGAAGCUGUCAGAGGAAACAGGUGUGAAGAGUGAUCAUAGUGUGCAAUACACUGCCAUCAGCACUCUCAGAAAUCAGAUUGCAAGUGCUACCUUGGAGAACACCAGGCUCAUGCUUGAAAUUGAUAACACCAGACUAGCUGCUGAUGACUUCCAGGUGAAAUGGAGCAACGAAUCUGCUCUACUUCGGUUUGUGGAAAGAGAUAUGAAUGCUUUACAAAACACUAAGGAAAACCACGAGUCCAUUGUCUUUAGCUUGAAAACGCAACUAGAGAGCCUCCAGAAGGAGCUGAUGACUAUACAGAGCGACCAUAAACAGGAAGUUGCAGCUCUUAAAGAAUUGCUUGCCAGGGGAAAAUUGGAUGUCAAGGUUGAUGCUGCUCAGGCUCCAGACCUUAAUUCUAUCUUAUCUGACAUCCGCUUGCAAUAUGAAGACAUAAUAAAAAGAAAUAAAGAGGAAGCAGAUGCAUUAUUCCAGUCUCAGUAUGAGUCUGUUACACUGCAAUUGCAAAGGGAAGAUCAAGAAGCUCAAAGAGUUCAGGUGGAGCUACGUGAGAAACGGAGCUCAUUACAGGCACUGCAGUUGGAUCUGGAAUCAAUGAACAACCAGGUAAAUUCUCUAAGACAAGAUCUUGAAAACACUGAAGUUAGGUACAAGAAUGAGCUGGAUAGGCUGCAGAGCUGUGUCACUCAACUGGAACAAGAAAUAUCAGAGAUUGUGAGCACAGGACAGAACAAUAAGCUAGAAUAUGAAGCUCUCCUAAAGAUCAAAGAGACUCUAGAGGCUGAAAUUAAGGAGUAUCGACGUCUUCUAGAAGGGGAAUAUGAGGACAAUAUCAUUGCACCUCAACCAAGGCAACCGGAUGUCAGAACCAAGAAGAUUGUAAAAAUUGUCACACAAACUCUAGUUGAUGGAAAGAUUGUGGAUGAAUCCAGUGAAGUGGAAGAAUUUGAGAAUGCUGAGAAUAUAAAUUCUUUGUAAUACUGAUGGCGUUGAUAAUUUGACAAACAGUACCGUGCUUGCUAUUUGCUCUAUGGACCAGCUUCAACAAAUAUUCCUUGCCUUAAUAUAUCUAGAUGAUUUUCUGUAACCUUAUGUUGCAGCGAAAUAUCU